UAAAAAGAGAGAUCAAAGGAUCAAGAGAAGACAAAAAUCUUAGUUUGGGCCACAAAGACCUAAUAAAUUGGGCCAGAAGCUCCCUGUUUGGUUCUCGACAAUCAUUCUUCUUCUAUACAACUGAAUCUGAAAAACAAUUCAGAAUCAGAAAACCUGGGAAGUGGGAUAGAAGCAAAUCUGUUAGACACUGAAAAUAUAGAACAUAUAUAUAUAUAUAAAGCAUUCGAUUCUUGGGGGGGGGGGGCAGGUAAAUUAUUGUUCCGCAUCUUAUUUGUUAGGAUUAUCAUUUCCUUUUUCUAAAAAAGAAUUGAUUGCAUUUUGAUGUUAGUUCUAAUCUGUAUUUCUAAUUUUGCUGGCAUGAUUGGAUAAUUACUCACCCAGAUUUGACGAACUUGCGAAUGGGCAAGCUUCGAAUUUUAUGUGAAUUAUUGAUAUUUGGAUAUUACAUUUUCAAGAGCUCCCUCCUCUAUGGGGAAUCUAGAAUUUGAAGUUCGGUGAUUGGUUUUUGAUCUAUUUUCUGGAAUGAUUGUGACUUUGGGAGGUAGUUUGAUCCAUAAAUGACUUCGAGAGAAAUGAAAAGUGAAGCUUGGAGGUGGGGCUUAGGUUUGUUUUACAUAUUGGCCGUCGCGUCUAUAUGGAUUUCUGCUAGUUUUGUGGUACAGUCUGUUGUUGAUGCAGGUGUUUCACCAUUUCUUAUAACAUACAUUUGCAAUGCCUUAUUCCUUCUUUACAUUCCCUUGGUUGAAAUUGGACGGUAUGUGGAAGAUAAUUGUGGAAGUUUAAUGUUCUGGAGAAAUAGACGAAGUCAUUUACAAGAGUUGGGAGGAUCAGAGCAAGCUAUCCUUCUUGCAGAGGGUGUUUUAGGUACAAGAGAGGAUGGAUCAAGUCGAUUCUCACUUGCGGAAGAAGGAGAAAUUAGUCACGAGAUCCCAGAUGGUUCACAAUCGGAAAAUGAUUCCAUUGAGCAUAUUAAGACUUUGCCUGAACAAGGUGAAGUUGCUGACAUGGGCUUAGAUGCAAAAGGGCGAUGGACACGUACUAGAGUGGCUAAAGUUAGCCUGUCAAUAAGCCCAUUUUGGUUUCUUGCUCAACUGACUUUUAAUCUCUCAUUGAAGUAUACUACUGUAACAUCUAACACCAUCUUAAGUAGUGCGUCCAGCCUUUUCACGUUUUUGGUAUCUUUGGCAUUCUUGGGUGAGAAGUUCACUUGGAUAAAGCUUGUAAGUGUCCUCCUUUGCAUGGCAGGAACCAUUAUUGUCAGCUUGGGUGACUCAAGUAACUCCAAGAAUCUAAGAAUAAUUGCUUCAAACCCUGUUCUUGGAGACAUUCUGGCUCUUCUCUCCGCUGCUUUCUAUGCUAUAUACGUUACACUUAUUCGUAAACAGUUGCCUGAUAAUGAUGAAAAGAGUGGUCAUGCCAGCAUGGCACAAUUCCUGGGAUUUCUAGGGCUUUUCAAUGUAUUAAUAUUCCUUCCCGUGGCUCUUAUACUCAAUGUCACCAAGCUAGAGUCUCUCAACACAUUAUCCUGGAAGCAGUUUGGCCUGAUUAUAGGAAAAGGUUUGUUGGACAAUGUGCUGAGUGAUUAUUUAUGGGCGAAAGCUGUUCUUCUUACCACAACAACAGUAGCAACGGCUGGUCUUACUAUUCAAGUGCCAUUGGCAGCCAUCGUCGAUACGAUAAUCGGCAACGCUCCUCAUCUCAUGGAUUACCUGGGAGCUGUGGCCGUGAUGAUUGGUUUCGCGGGAAUCAACAUCCCUUCUGAUGUUUUUUGUAGAUAUAAAGAAACUACAAUUGAAUUAGAGAAUGAAAAUAUUACUUUAGCUAAUCAAGAGCAUACACCAUUGCCUCUCCAAGAAACAAUUCCUAUUGACUAACGCGUCAUUGUUGUUGUUAUUCCAGUUGCUGCUGUAAAGUUACCACAAGGUAAUUAUUUUGAGCCUAUAUUGUUUUCUUAGGUUAAAAUUUGAAUCUUUACUAUUAUAAUACUACUGAUUUAGUCC